ACUGUCUUUGAGACACAAGCAGGUGGAAGGGGCCUCAGAGAAGGAGAACUCUCGUACCUUGUCACCCUGUGUAUCCACCCAAAGCAGUAGAGAGGUUGCCAUGGCUUUUUCCAGCUACACUGCUGUGUUCAGAUCACUGGUUUUGGUGCUGGUUCUAGCACUCACUGUAAGUUCCAGAAAGGCCAGUGCCUCUGUGAGGCUGAGUGAAGAUUGCCUGAACCAAAAGGAUCUCAAAUUCCCCACAGCAGUGGAAGUCAACAUUCGUAUCAGCAAGUCACAUCAUGCCUUUAGGAUGGUCCAUGAUGUCAGGAACCGAUCUCUCGCUCCUUGGGAUUACAGGCUUGACAAGGAUCCCAACCGCUUCCCCCAAGUGAUUGCUGAUGCCCAGUGCCGCCUCUCUGGCUGUGUGAGCCCCCUGGGGCAGGAGGACCACAGCCUCAACUCCGUCCCCAUCAAGCAGGAGAUCCUGGUCCUGCGGCGGGAGCAGCAGGGCUGCCGGCCCACCUACCGCCUGGAGAAGAAGGUCAUCACCGUGGGCUGCACCUGCGUCACUCCAGUCAUCCACCACCACUCCUAGGAGGAAUUAUUAGGGCAGGCCACACUGGGAAGAAGCAAUAAAUCCUAUAGACACCCCUCUGGUGAAAUCCCACAGUUGCCCACCGCGAAUCCCAGGAAUUCAACACGACGUUGCCCUUCCAAAUCUGAACAAAUUACCUCUUGAA